UGUUUGUAUCUAUAAGAUGAUCAAAUAUAUUUUUAAUUAUCAAUCUGAGAGAUUUACUUUUGCCAGUAGACAAUGCCCAACUGUAUUGUAAGAGCCAUUGGGAGAGAGCCAGAGAAUUUGACAGCGAGAUAUGGAACAUAUGGGCUUUCAACACUUAAGAACAUAUGGAAAGAGGUUUGGAAGAGUGCCACGUGGGGUGUAACUUGAAAGAUGUUGUGGUUUCUGGAGUGGAAAUGCUAAGUCAUGGCUUGAAGCAGUGAUUGAGCAUCUGGUGGGAAGGCAGGACCAACCCAGUGGAGUUCACCUACAUGCAGUGCAAUGCACCUGAGUGACCUGAAAGGGUGGAGCCACGAUCCACCCCUCCCCAGACCUCAUUUAAAAGUUGGUAAUGGAAGCAAUGAUAUCUUGCUGGAGAUUCCUGCGUAUCUCAGGUCUUUUGAAGUCUUGUGAAAGUCCUGAAGUCUGUCUCUCUGGACUAAACUCCUAGUCUGAAUGGAUCUGUGAACACUGAAAAGGCACUGCUCCAUCCCACUGCCCAACCUAAGGGAGAAGUUGAGAAUACAGGGUAUUUCAGCACUGAAACACUGACUAAUUUCCUUUGGGUGCAUGUGAAAGACAAAACUUGAAUAUCCCAAAACAUUCUGGAUGAAGACCUUGAAUUCCAAGGAGAUCUAAAAAGAGAAAGUUUGGCGAUUAAUCAUGGAUCAUAGGACUGAGGAGAAAAGAAAGCAACGCCAUAGCUUGACCUUACUGGAACAACUAAAAAGAAUGAAAGAAUCAUCAGAGAUAGUUGAUGUUGUGCUAGUUGCCGAAGGUCAGAAAUUUCCCUGCCAUAAGGUGGUACUAGCUGCCUUCAGUUCCUACUUCAAAGCCAUGUUUACCUGUGGCUUGGUUGAAUGCACUCAAAGAGAAGUGGUACUGUAUGACAUGUCAGCAGAGAGCGUGUCUGUAAUCCUCAAUUACAUGUACAGCGCGGAUUUGCACCUCACUAACCAGAAUGUGCAGACUGUUGCUCUGGCUUCGUAUUUCAUGCAGAUGGAAGAUGUUUUCAGCUUGUGUCAAAAGUACAUGAUGGACCACAUGGAUGCUUCCAAUUGUGUGGGCAUCUACUACUUUGCAAACCAUAUUGGAGCAGAAGAUUUAUGUGAUCAAGCGAAGAGGUACUUAUAUCAGCACUUUGCUGAGGUGAGCUUACAGGAAGAAAUAUUGGAGAUAGAAGUCCAGCAGCUGUUGACUCUUAUAAAAUCAGAUGAUCUGAAUGUUUCCAGGGAGGAAAGCAUUCUGGACCUUGUCAUUAGAUGGGUGAAUCACAGCAGAAAGUCGCGUGCAGAACAUCUUAUCAAGCUCUUGAAGGAAGUGAGACUGGUACUGGUCAGCCCUUCCUUUCUCAUGGAAGCCCGCAAAAGGAACACAGUGAUUCUGUGCAAUUCAGAAUGCAAUGAUAUGUUUGAGGAAGCGUUGAAAAGCAUCAAACUAGCCACCCACCCUUCUCUCAGCUUGAGAUAUGGCAUGGAGACUACUGAUCUCUUACUCUGCAUCGGCAACAAUUCGCUUGGCAUUAGGUCAAGACAUGGGAGCUAUGCAGAUGCCAGUUUCUGCUACGCUCCUGCAACACAAAAGACUUACUUCAUUUCCUCUCCAAAGUAUGGAGAGGGUUUAGGAAGUGUUUGCAGUGGUGUUGUCACUGAGAAUAAUGAUAUUAUUGUGGCAGGAGAGGCAAGCGCCGCCAAAAUGUCUAGACAAAAAAACAGGAACAUUGAAAUUUAUAGAUACCACCAGCGAGGAAAUCAGUUUUGGCACAGCCUGUGCACCGCUCAGUUCCGUGAACUCUAUGCACUGGGCACUGUCCAUAAUGAUCUCUAUGUGAUCGGAGGGCAAAUGAAAAUCAAAAAUCAAUAUGUGGUCACAAACUGCAUGGAGAAGUACUCCAUGGAGCAAGGUACCUGGAGAACCACAGCACCUCUGCCAGUGCCGUUAGCCUGCCAUGCAGUGGUGACAAUGAAGAACAAGCUCUACGUGCUGGGUGGCUGGACACCACAGAUGGAUCUGCCUGACGAUGAGCCGGAUCGAUUAAGUAACAGAAUGUUUCAGUACGACCCGGGCCGAGACAAAUGGGCAGAGUGUGCACCAAUGAAGUACUCCAAAUACCGCUUCAGCACAGCCGUGGUCAACAGUGAGAUUUAUGUCUUGGGAGGAAUUGGGUGCCUUGGCCGCGACAGGGGGCAGACACGGAAAUGUCUUGAUGCAGUGGAGAUUUAUAACCCUGAUGGAGACUUCUGGAGGGACGGACCUCCUAUGCCUUCCCCGCUCCUCUCCUUGCGAACAAACUCUACCUGUGCAGGCUGCGUGGAAGGCAAGCUGUACCUCUGCGGAGGAUUUCACGGAGCAGCUCGUCACGAAGUCAUCACCAAAGAGAUCCUCGAAUUAGAUACAUGGGAGAACCAGUGGAAUGUGGUGGCCGUCAAUGUCCUCAUGCACGACAGCUAUGAUGUGUGCCUUGUUGCUAGGCUGAAUCCACGGGAUCUUAUCCCUCCUCCUCCUGAUUUAGUGGACCAAUAAAUGUUCAGUGGCUCUCUGCUUCCAGAUUCUGCGGAAAGAGAAGAAUAUGGAGAGACAAAUGGGAAUAUUAAUGGAGCCGGUGGCUCCAUUCUCUCCAUUGGCUAGGUGCUGCGGAGAGAAGCUUGUACCACAAGCUUAAGCACAGAAUUGCCUUCCAAAUGUGCUUCUCAGAUGAUGCUUAAUUUGCUAGCACUGGUACUGUGGACUUCUGUGUUUGAAAGCUGAGUUUGCCAGCCUUGUCUCUUGGUCUACCACUUGGUGUUCAAGCUGCAGUCUGGUGGUGCUUCUGGGGCCCGUGCCUUAGGAAUGGAGGCAGCCUGGGGCUCACCUUGCAGCACAGCACUAUGUUUGAAGGAAACCUCUAACCAGGAGAAACACUCCUUUGCUGUCCAACUCACUGGGUUCUAGUCUACUGAGGGAGCUAAGAAAUAUCUGAAGUCAUCUGAUGGAAACCAAGCUGCUGUACCAAGGUGACAGAUUAAUUGGCUGAUGCAGGAGCAGAGGGAAGAUGGAGAAGAGUAUUUGUUUGUUUAAGCAAAAAGAAAGCACUAGCCAGGGUUCAUUAGCCAAGUACAAUAGCUGCUGCAAACUUUAUCUAACCCACAGUCAGGGCAUCCCUUCUUUGGCAGCAGAGCUGAAGUUGUGCUGGUAGAAAAGUGGUCUUCUGGGAACAAGACACAUGUGAGUCUUCCUUUAGUAAUCCUGCACCAAAUAUGAGAAACUGCUAAAAUUUUCACGUAGAUCCUACCUGUCACGAGGCAGAAAUUUGUGUGGUCAGAUGGAGAAGGGGAUGUAAAUGAAAACAAAAUAAAUGAGAAACAGUGUUAGCUCUGCAUCUACAGAGAAAGGAUAAAAGCACCAGGCAUUUAGAGUUUAUGUAAACUAGUUGGUUUUGUAGAAGUAGCUUUAAUGAAACAACAUCAGGCAAAUUCUGCACCAAUGGAGUUGGCUAUAAUUGCAGUGAAGAGGAGUAAUUCAAACUGUUUCUUAAAGCAGUGCUGGCCUUUCUGGGGCUUGAAGGCAAUGGCUUAGAAAAUUGUUACCAGUACAGCUGUCUUAUUUGAGCUACCAAUAACUGUUCAUCAUCCCCUGAUGCCUGCAUCACAGAAUACAUGUGAGUGAUUGCCUGGGCUGUGUGGACAGGAGAACUGGGAAUUUCUGUUGUGCUCUGGGGCUGAAAUUGGAAAUGACUGUAUGCUGCAACAGACAGUGAAUGACAGAGGCAAAUGCUGUAAGAGUAAGCUAGAACAUAGCAGAAGAACCAUCACAGUCAGCAAAAAGUUGUUUGUUAUGGUUACAGAAACAGUAAAAAAAACUGGAAGGAAAUAAUUGGCAAAUUAAUGAGGAAAUCCAUCAGGUGGUCACUUGCAGGAUUUGCACUUCAGAGCACCUCCAUUUUCUUUUACAAUCACACAUUAGGCUACAAAAAUGAUAGCAUUUUUUUUCUUUUUUUUUUUUUUUUGAUUGCAAUGCUUAUUGCAGGGGGAGGUGGAAAGGAUGACCCAAAAGCCUUUCCCCAGUCCCAACUUUUCUGAUUCAUGAUCUAUUCUUUAAGAUAUCCAAUGGGAAUAUUAAUCUGUCAUAUAAAAACAAUUAGCAGGAAGGUCACUGGAGUUCACUUGAUAACAGUUAUCACAUGCUGAGGACUGCUCAGACAAUAAGGGAGUUGGUGGGAGGAACUGAGGAAAACAUGCAGAAAAGAAGUAAACUGUGAGCCAAAAAACUGAUCUCUUUUCUCCCUUUGUUUCCUGGGCAGAAUGAGUGUCUCAGCCAAACGCAGACAUUUGUGUUUAUAGCAGUUCCACAUCAUCCAGACGCUCUAUUUUUCUUUGUUGACACGGGGGUUGUUGUCUGUCCAGAGGAGAGCUGUGACAAGCGAGUCUCAACCAUUCCAGUCACAAAACACAGUUGCAGAUACAAGACUAAGAAGGUGAAAAAAGAAUCCAUUUAAAUAUGUUUUUAAACAAAAGCAAUAGAUUGUUUUCCCACUAACCAGGCAAUAUUGGAUUUUUUUAAAACUUUAGGCACUCCUGUGAAGUAUAGGCAAUGAUUUCCCUGCAGAGUUCUCAAGCCAGCAGGAAGCAAUGCUUGAGGAGCAGCUCUCAGCCAAAAUACUGAGUGUUUCCUUGUGAUUACAACAAAUUCUCGUACAGUACCUACAGAUACACUAUCACCUUUUUUGGUUUUCUUCAUGCACCACUGGAAAGCCAUUUGCCCUUGCGUGCACAGAGCAUUUCUUUUCUUCUGCAUGCCUAGUCUGGCUGUUGACAGGACUCAGUGUCUCUUGGUUUCCGCCUAACAGACCAGCUAUAUAUCCAGCAGGGAGUUGUUUUCUUCUUGUUUAAAUGUCUAGAACAAAAGAACAGUCAGAUCAAUGUAGAUUCCAACUUCAAAACAUUGUGUGGACUCCACUUAGUUCAUUGUUUGCCCCUGAGGCGACUACAAUUUCUAAGUUGGAAAGGAAAGCUUGAGGGAAGGAAGGAAGAAACUGAAAGCAUGUUUAUUGAGAGGUACCAAUAUUAGCCAAAAUCCCUCCAAGAGUAUGUGAAUGUUGCAUGUCUGAUACGUUCAUGGGUAAUCUCACAUUCCUGGGAAAGCCCUUAAGAGCCUUAAUUUCUUCUACUAUGAAUCCUAAUGCUAGAAUAUUAUAGAAUAUGCAUUCUCCAAGCUUGCGUGCUUCACUGAAAUAAUAGUUUACUUCAGCCACUUUCCGGCUGAGCAGCAGUUAGCUGAGCCUUUAAUCAAGGCUGCCUUGACAUCAUCCAUAAUUCUAAAAUGUGAACAAAGCAGUGCUGGCAAGCUAUGGGCUGUGAGAAUGAAUGGGGGGAUUAUUAAGCAAAGACAUGUGCUUCAGUUUCACUUGAAACACAGUACAUCACUAGUUGCCAACUAGAAUAAAAAAUAUUGGAGAGGUUACUGGUCACAUGGUGCAUGGGGAGUAAAGAAGAAAAUGAAAAGCUAUGAAAAGCUUAAUGGAUCCAAGUUGAGGGAGGGAAGAUUUAGGUUGGA